UUCAAUAGAAGGGUGACAUGGGGGGGGGAUCCCCAUGUCAGUAACAUGUAAUUUUGCCCUGACUUUAAAAGUUGCACUGAGCUAUGGCAACUUCAGCAUGGAAUCUUUAUUAGCCAUUUAAAGGUUGCACUUGUUUUUCUCCAACUAUCAAAGUGGCUGAGCAAGAAAGUCAGUAGGUGGCAUACCUGGCUGCAGCAGAAAUGAAUGAAAGCAUUGCCUUGAAUGAAACCAGGAGCCCUGUGCCCUGGAUUCAAGCAAGCCACUCCCGGAAUUCUUCUCUGGAGCUUUCCUCCACGCUCCCCAUCUUUAUCAUUAACCCUUGGGAUAUUAUGCUCUGCAUCUCUGGGACCAUCAUUGCCUGUGAAAAUGCUAUAGUGGUGGCCAUUAUAUUCUACACUCCCAACCUAAGAACCCCAAUGUUUGUGCUGAUUGGGAGCUUGGCCACAGCAGACCUACUGGCUGGAGUUGGCCUAAUCCUCAAUUUUGUUUUCCAGUAUGUGAUCCAGUCAGAAACCAUCAGCCUUAUUACCGUUGGCUUCCUAGUUGCCUCUUUUACUGCCUCUGUGAGUAGCUUAUUGGCCAUCACAGUUGAUCGUUACCUUUCUUUAUACAAUGCACUGACUUAUUAUUCUGAGAAGACUGUUCUCUGUAUUCAUAUGAUGCUGAUCAUCACCUGGGGGGUUUCCCUCUGCUUGGGACUGCUACCUGUCUUAGGCUGGAAUUGCCUUGAAGAUAAUUCAUCAUGCAGUAUUGUCAGGCCCUUGACCAAAAGUAAUGUGACUUUGCUGUCUUCCUCUUUCUUUUUCAUCUUUAUCCUCAUGCUCCACUUGUACAUUAAAAUCUGCAAAAUAGUUUGCAGGCAUGCACACCAGAUAGCACUCCAGCAGCAUUUUCUGACUGCAUCUCACUAUGUUGCAACCAAAAAAGGAGUCUCUACACUUGCUAUAAUCCUUGGGACCUUUGGAGCCAGUUGGUUACCUUUUGCUAUCUACUGUGUAGUUGGAGAUUCCCACUACCCUGCUGUCUACACUUAUGCCACACUUCUACCUGCUACCUACAAUUCCAUGAUCAAUCCUAUCAUUUAUGCCUACAGAAACCAAGAAAUUCAGAGGUCCAUGUGGGUUCUCUUUUGUGGUUGCUUUCAGUCAAAAGUGUCCUUCCGUUCAAGAUCCCCCAGUGAUGUCUGACUUCUUCCUCUGUGUAGUUCUGCACAAAGUGACAAUCUUUGACUUUUGUAAAUUACAGUGCCUGGUAUGAACCAGAUCCAUGUUGUGAAAUUGUUUGGGGGGGGAUGUUUAAACAGUAGCACUUUAUAUGUGUGUAUUGUUGAGAAUGUGAAAGGUAUGGAGCUUUUGGUUGUGUGAAAAAAAAUACAGUGUGCUUGUAUACAGUGUGGUUGUGCAUCACAUUUGUGGAGGCAUUCCAAAACUACAUAAUUAUAGCACUUUAUUUUUAGCUGCUGAACUGCCAAAACAGUGUUGCCAUUUUUAAAGGGCAGAGAGAGAGAGAAUGAAAGGAAGUGAAAUAUUGUCUGAUUAUUUUGAAAUGUGAGUGAUAAUA